GUAGGGUUGACUUGAACGGAAUAAUGCAAUCGAUAACUAUGGAUUCACUACGCAUGUUAUAAAUUAUAAUUGGCAUAAGUCAAAAUUCAUGAGCGGAGUUGGAUGCAUCUAUCACAAUCGUGAGGAAUCCAGCCUGUCAACAGUUAGUAACGCAUCUGCAGUGAAUUCGAAACCUAGAUCGCACUCAAUAAAUUACGUAUCAUCGGAAUAUGAAAGUUUAGAUUACGAUCAUUACGAAAGUGAAMUUACCGUUAGAGAAGAAAAAUUAAACGGUUAUAAGACAGUAGUGGCGAGUAAUGUGAUUAGAUGGCUUAUUUAUUUUUCAAUUGCCAUAUGCAUUGCAGCAGUCGGAAUUUUUAUUGAUACUGUAAUUGAAUAUUUCUGUGAUUGGAAGUUUCAAUUGAUACGAUAUUGUAUUGAUGUUAAGUACUCGACGGUAGAGUGUCUGAUUAUUUGGAUACUUUUCACCGUCAUCCCUACGACUGUUGGAUGCUGUGUAGUGCUAUUUAUGGAGCCUUCUGCUGCUGGAAGUGGUAUUCCAUUUGUAAUAUCUUAUUUAAACGGAAUUCGUAUACCGAGAAUGACGGCCGUUCGAUGUUUAUUGGUAAAAGUAAUAAGUGUGGUGUGCGUCUGCAUAGCAGGUCUUGGUGGAGGAAAGGAAGGACCAUUGAUUCACAUUGGUGCAAUGGUUGGUGGUUCAGUCGUUGAAGCUUGGUGGAAAGGUCUAAGAAACGGCCCUGGUCGGAAAAUCAUUGGACCCUUACAAAAUGAUCGAGAAAGGAGAGACAUGAUGGCAGCAGGUGCUGCUGCAGGAUUAUCCGCCGCUUUUGGAUCGCCUGUAGGAGGAACAUUAAUGAGUCUUGAAGAAGGAACAAGUUUUUGGAGCUCAAGUCUCAUGUGGAAAGUAUUUUUCUGUGCAGCAAUUGCUUUUCCAACAUAUAACGCUGGUAAAAACGUACUGUUUACUAAUAAUACAAAUCCAUCAGAAUCUGUUCACAGCAAAAGUAUUUACUUUUUUGGGAAGUUUAAUGAAAAUACAAUUUAUUUUUCUUAUUCAGAAUUCCCCAUUUUUAUUAUAUUUGGGAUAUUCGGUGGUUUACUUGGAGCUUUAUUCGUCAAUAUUAAUUAUCGUUUAUCCAUUUUUAGAAUGAAACACAUUAUAUCCAAUAGAAAAAAACUUCUGGAAUCAGUAUUCGUCGCAGUGUUUGUUGCAAUAAUUAAUUUAACAUCCAUGAUUUUGUUUAGCAACUGCCAAACAAAACUAGAGAUAAGCUCGUCGAAUGUAGUACAAGUAAGAAUUAUGGUAAAAAUAAUCUAA